AUGGGUGCAGCUGAGAACAUUCCACACUUCCUCCCUGAGAUAUGGGGCUUGUUCAUCUUCGGAUGCAUCAUCUUCACUCUUCGCUUCAUCGUCCGCCUGCGUACUGUCGGCAUCACAAACCUUUCAGGCGACGACUACUUCGCAAUGUGCGCAUGGGUCUUCUUCACCGUCGACGCGGUCGUAGUCGACCGAGCCUACCACUACGGCACCAACGUCGACUUCAAGGUAGCCGAACUCGAAGCCAUGACCCCCGCGCGACUGCACAAAAUCUCCAAAGGCUCCAAAUAUGAGCUCGCAGCCUGGUUCUCCUACUCCGCCCUCAUCUGGUCCAUGAAAGCCACCAUGCUCUUCUUCUACCGCCGCCUCACCUUCGGCCUCUGGCAACGCCGCCUCGUCCGGCACCUCACCCUCGCCUGCGCCCUCACCUACCUCUGCGUCCUCCUCACCAUCACGCUCGGCUGCCGGCCCUUCUCGCACAACUGGCGCGUCCUCCCCGCGCCCGGCCUCGCCUGCACCUUCCGCCCGCAAAACGUCGGCGUCGUGGCCGCCUCCAACGUCGCCACGGACCUCGCGCUGCUGUCGGUCCCGCUCCCGCUGCUGUGGCGCCUGCAGGUCCCCGUGCGGCAGAAGGCCGUCGUCGCGGCGUGGCUGCUGACGGGCGUCUUCGUCAUCGCGGCGGCGGUCGUGAGGGUGGUUGUCACGCUCGGGAGCGAUCCGAGCACCACGACGGUGAAUCUGUGGGGCGUGCGCGAGACGAUUGUCGCGUUGGUUUGUGUGAAUGCGCCGAUGUUGAGGCCGUUGUUUUUGGGGAGGUUUUGGUCGGGGGAGAGGUGGGUGGGGAAGGGGGAGGGGGAGGGGGAUGGGAGCAGUGGGGGUGGAGGGGGGACGAUGACGACGACGGCGACGACGACGACGUAUGGGGAGAGGAGUAGGCUUGGGAAGGUUCGUGCUGGGGUGGGCGGGGCUGGGGCUAGUGGUGGUGGUGGUGGUGCGUUUGGCCGGAUGAUGGGGGAUGGAAGGAGUGUUGGUGCGAGCAUGAAUGAUGCGGGGAGCGAGGAGUACAUCAUGAAGAACUUGCCGAAGGAGCAUGGGGGAGUCGUGGUGGAGGUGGAGGUCGAGAUCAAGAGCGAGCGUAGGAAGAAGGGCGAGCGGACGGAUGUGGAGAUGGGAAAUUCGUGGGGACUUGGGGGUUCAUGA